GCAUAUGUGACAUCACAGGCCCGGGAUAAAUAAGAGGGGGCUUCGACCAUGGCCCAGGACCACUCUGUCUUGGGACUCCAGCAUCUCUUCUCCUUUCUUUCCUCCAGCUCCAGCUCUCCAACAUGACUGAGUUCAGUGCCGACCAGAUUGAGGACUUCAAGGAGGCUUUCGGUCUCUUUGACAGAGUCGGUGACAGCCAGGUGGCCUACAACCAGGUUGCUGACAUUAUGCGCGCUCUGGGCCAGAACCCCACCAACAAGGACGUUACAAAGAUCCUGGGCAACCCCAGCGCCGACGACAUGGCCAACAAGAGGCUCAACUUCGACGCUUUCCUGCCCAUGCUGAAGGAAGUCGACGCCAUGCAGAAGGGUACCUAUGACGACUACGUUGAGGGUCUGCGCGUCUUCGACAAGGAGGGCAACGGCACAGUCAUGGGCGCUGAGCUGCGCAUCGUUCUGUCCACCCUGGGAGAGAAGAUGACCGAGGCUGAGAUUGAUGCCCUCAUGGCCGGCCAGGAGGAUGAGAACGGCAGUGUGCACUAUGAGGCUUUCGUCAAGCACAUCAUGUCUGUGUAAGAGGCCGGCAGCAGGAGUGCUGAAGAACAGCCGGACGGUGUUCAGGACAUCUACACUGUCGUCAAAGACCAACCAAGGAAAGACAAGGACUAUGUACAAGGGAUGUUGAAGCAAACCCAUCUUGUUGUUUUAUUUUGUUUUCCUUUCCAUUUCGUCUCAAAAACCCUCCUCCCUCUCUCGGGACGCCACCAUCACCUCUACACUGUAGACCCACCAUCACUCGGCCUCCACUCCCCCCCACCCUCCGGGGCACGUCUCCACAUGCCGCAUGGGGUGAGGAACGGGGGAAAAGGGGUGACCGCUCAUCAAGUGAGGGUAGAUCCCUCCCUUCCCACCGCCACCUCAUUCAGUCUCGCCAUCACUGGCCCAGCAAUGCCAAAGGUGCUGGAGAAUGGUCGUGGAUAGACCGCCAAAAGUCUCCCCGCUUCCCUGAAAAGUUUUAUUUAUUGUCACUCUGUUCAUGUCAGAAUAAACUUUUCCAACGUACAUCCCA